UCCUGAUCAGCGUGCUGCGCCGCGCACUAGGACCCGCCGGCUCCUUGCCGGGACUGGGUCCGCCCGCAGCGCUCAGCGGUCGGAGCGCCGAGCCGAGCCGAGCUGAGCCCGAGUAGCGGCUGGCCGCGGGACCGGGGUGACACUGCGGCAGGAUACCGGUGCUCCAGUGUGUUUAGAAAGAAGAUGCUGUCUUCAAAUCUGCUGUGCGAUAAUGGACGACAGAUGAGGACCAGGCAGAUUGUUCUGUACAGACACAUAGAAUCAGAGCUCAUAGGGCUUUACGCAAACAGCGAAGAGGCGAAGCUGAUGAGAGGGAUGAGCCAGGCUGGUGCUUUGCAAAGCCGAAGCGUAAUGUGUUCGAGACGGGGUUGCAGAUGGAAUUGGAGUGAGCGAUUCGGUGAGGAGUCGAGGCCGAGGUGUUUUGAUGCCCGUCCAAUUAUCCCAGGUGCCAGGGCGUGGAUGUUGGUGCCAUUGCUGGUGGUUAUUGUCCAUCUGUGGUUAUCCUGUGACGGAGGAGGCGAGCCUAAAGUCACAUGUCAACCAGACUAGCUCUGUAGGACUGGGGAAAUCUUCUAAGAACAAGAAUCUCAUGAGAGUUGCGGUGACUUCCAAAAUCGCUUCUUUCUGCUGGGUUCCGAAAUUGUGAUGAUGUCAGCUGUGGAAAGGAACUCCGAAAACGAGGGCAUGGAGAUGGAUGGUGUUGGAGAUCCUCAGCCGGAAGACUUGGCUGUGCAGGUGGCUGCCGUGCAGGUGUCUGAGGAAGCUGCUUCUGCAGGCAUGGACAGUGUGAAACAGUCCUUGAAACUCCAAGAUCUAGACAACGCAAAGGAUGGAGGAAGCACUCAAGCCAAUGGAAUGGGCCACCUCGCUGAGGAUCCCACCAGCAUCCACAGGGCUACAAGCAGCAUGCCAAAGAAGGUGGGUCCGAGGCCCAAACUUUCCAACAGGAAGCUGUCCCUCCAAGAACGUUCCUCUGGAAAUAAUCUCUCUGCCCGUGCAGACCUACCAAGCUAUCCCUACUCAACUGGACCACUGUCAUCAGCAAGACGACUCACCAAUGAGUCCAGCCGGGUCAAUAUGGGCGAUUCCCAGGACUCCAUGCGUUUGAACCAAUAUAAGUUGAAGACUGAGAUUGGAAAGGGGUCCUAUGGUGUUGUGAAGCUGGCCUACAAUGAGAAUGAUGACAAGCAUUAUGCUAUGAAGGUACUUUCCAAAAAAAAGUUGAUGAAGCAGCAAGGAUUUCCACGUCGGCCCCCACCCAGGGGAUCGAAGCCCCCAUCUGCAGAGCAGUCCAAGACUCCAGCGCCCUUAGAGAGGGUCUACCAGGAGAUAGCCAUCCUGAAGAAACUUGACCACCCCAACAUUGUAAAGCUGGUGGACGUUCUCGAUGAUCCCACUGAAGAUAAUCUUCACAUGGUAUUCGAGCUCAUGAGCAAAGGUCCUGUGAUGGAGGUGCCAACUGACACGCCAUUCUCAGAGAAGCAGGCACAUUUCUACUUCAGAGAUAUCAUCUUAGGCAUUGAAUAUUUGCAUUACCAGAAGAUCAUUCACAGAGACAUCAAACCGUCCAACCUGCUGCUGGGUGAUAAUGGCCACAUCAAAAUUGCUGACUUUGGAGUCAGCAACCAGUUUGAGGGGAACGAUGCCCUGUUGUCGAGCACAGCUGGAACGCCAGCGUUCAUGGCUCCGGAGACACUGUCCGAAAGCAGGAAGAGCUUUCAUGGGAAGGCGGUGGAUGUCUGGGCUAUUGGAGUGACGUUGUACUGCCUGAUCUUCGGUAAGUGUCCGUUUAUGGACGACUACAUCCUGGCACUUCACAGCAAGAUUAGGAAUCGGCCUGUGGAGUUCCCUGAGAGACCUGAAAUCAGUGAGGAUCUGAAGGAUUUGAUUCUACAGAUGUUGGAUAAAAAUCCUGACACUAGAAUUACAAUUCCUCAGAUAAAGGUACACCCGUGGGUGACAAAGAGUGGGACCGAUCCUCUUCCACUGGAGGAGGACCACUGCAGCGAGGUGGAAGUCACCGAGGAGGAGGUGAUGAACUCAGUCAAGUUAAUCUCCAGCCUCUCAACUGUGAUCCUGGUGAAGGCAAUGCUGAGGAAACGAUCCUUUGGAAACCCCUUUGAGUUCCAGACCAGGAAGGAGGGAAGGUCCAUGUCAGCACCAGGAAAUCUCCUCAUGAAGCAAGUGAGUGGGGACGCAGGAAAAGACAGUGAGCUGCCGGAUGUGUGUGAGGACGAGGCCAUUUCCUGAGGGCCCGAAGCUCAUGCAUGCUGCAUUCAGCCUGUCGCACGCUCGUUUCCAACCUGUCUUCGCUCUUCAUUACCACGCGGCCUUCCAUGGACUACAGCUUCCGAUUAAACCCGAGAGGGGUCCUGACCAGCUGGCAGAUGUGACCACAAGGGCAAGGCGAGGAAGUGAAAUGGUUCCCCCGCUCUUGAAGCUUCCUCAUUGGACGAGACGGAUUGUGUCGCUGUGGAAGGUCGGUGUGCUCAGCCCGCACCAGCUCGCCGUCCUGUGAACUGCUUCCGGGUUACCGAGUGACCCUCCAUCAUCCAUCCUCCGCCGCCAGACAGAACCCUAGAAACGGGACACAUCAGGAGCUUCAAUGCAGGUGACGAGUGUCAGAAACCGACUUGUACCAUCAACCUCAUGUCCUGUUGCCCUGGACUGGGAGGGUGCAGGCUGUUCUGUUCUCUGUGAUCCUGUCAGGGUGACGUGCAGUGGCCAGGACUCUCCCCAAAGUCAAAGGUUAUUGUCGUCUGCACCAGUACAGUGAAAAACUUACUUGCCGCAGCAUCGCGGGCACAGAGCGUCAGGGACACGACAUUCACAAGCAAAGCAUAGCCCGUACAAAAUUAGUACAAAACAAGACAAAGUUGUACUGUAGUGGCAAGUGAUCCGUGUUGCUAUACUGAGGUGGUGGUUAGGGUUGUGCCACUUGGUUUAAGUACCAAGUGAAUGAAGCUGUUCUUGAACCUGGUGGUGUGAGACUUGAGACAGAUCCCCGGUGUGGAUCUUUGAUGUUGGACAUUGCCUUCUCGAGUAGUGCGUCCAGUAGAUACUAGCAAUGGUGGGGAGAGAUUUGCCUGUGAUUGAUAUAUUGACCAACACCACUAACACGUACAUCUGUCCCCUGAAUGACGUAGUUUAGCAAAUUAUUUGAUUUAAUAAACAAAAGUUUAUUCAAAUGACCACAGUAUCUCAGAACAUUGGAUCUUCAUAAAACACUGCUCACUGUAACAAAUUAAAAUACGGUUAUCACUAUCGAGCCCCCGAUGGGAUCACUGGUCCCAGAAAUUCCCUUUUGUACUCAUGAAUACCAUGAGUGUCUUCUCCAGGGACAUGGGCAUGGACAUGACCCUAAAAGAGGGGCAAGGCAAUCAGCUCUGGCAGACCCCCCGACUGCCCACCAUCUUGGGCAGGCCCAGGAGCAAACAGACCAGGAAACCCGCCGUGACCCAGACCCCGCCCCUCCCCCACCGCGUGACCUAAGGAGCCCGGGGUUGAACUGCGGCCGGAACCUGAGGAGCAGAGACUCAGAGAGAGGAUACAACCUCUCACACUCCAUACGUGCACGAUGCAUCAACUCCCGGCCACAGAAUUGACAGGGGGCUGGGGAUAGCAAAUUGUCCAGCAGAUUCAUGAAACAUAGAUAAGUUGCCACGUUAAUGACUGGGAUGAUUCACAAUUUGUUGGUGUGCUUGGGUAGAGCUUUGUGGAUGUGGGCUGCAGGAAGGUGAUCCUGAGGGUGGGCAAGAGGUGAUGAGUCUUUCCAGGUGUCGGAAGGCUGGGUCACCUCAUCCAUUGGAUUACCUGUCCAGUGAGAUGCCUACCUUUGCUGGGGGUGGCACAGGUGAGCGGUGGAAUGGAAGAGCAUUCUAGCCUGCCUUGGGUCAUCAGGCACAGUAUGGACAUGUCCUUUAGGAUCCCCAGAGAUCCCUUGGAAUCAAGAGGCAGCAGUGAAGGUUACUAGGUUGGAGUGGGUGGGGGGGGGUCAUUUUUGUCUACAGCAUGCAAGGGGGAAUGGUGAAGCUGACUCCAUAACUGGAACUGCCCUGCGAUUAAUGGAGCAGGUCAGUGGUGAGUGGGGCCUAGCAUGAGACCAGGGUGUGACAUCCUGAAGAAGGGUCUUGGCCCAGAAUGUCGACUGUACUCAUUUCCAUAGAUGCUACCUGGCCUGCCGAGUUCCUCCAGCAUUUUGUGUGUUGCUUGGAUUUCCAGCAUCUGUAGAGUUUUGUGUCUGUAGCCCAUUAUUAGUCAGGUGCUAACACCUUGGAAACUUUGGUAUACGGGGGACUCAGGAUUGUAAAUCCAUAUCUCCCUGAAGAUGGCAACACCAGGUAGUGAAGGUUGUGUUUAGCUUGCUUGCCUUCAUAGCCAGGUUAUUGUGAUGAGUGUCAGGAAAACAUGGUACAGAUGUAUAAGACAUUGGUUAGGUGAAACAUGGAACUGAGUGCGGUCCCAGUCGCUGCACUGUGGAACAAAUGUGCUGACAGUAGAGAGAGUGCGGAAGAGAUUCAUCCGGAUGUUGCAUUGCAGGGUUUUACUCACAAGGGAAGAUUGGAUAGACUGCGAUUGCUGUCACUGGAGCAUUUUGGAGGUUUAUAAAAUCAUAAAGAGCAUAGAUAGAGUCAAUGGUCACAGUCUUUCUCUCAGGGCAGGGGCUUUCUGGUGAGCGGGAAAAGAUUUAAAGGGUACCCGCAGAAGAAUUUUUGUUGGUAGAAAUUAGUAGGUAAACGGAGCUAACUGCCAGAGGAAGUGGUGGACAGGAGUACAAUCACAUUUAAAAUGCUGUGAUGAUACUUGCCUCUGUGAGGGAUUGGGCCAGAUGCAGGGAAAUGAGAUGAAUGUAGAUAAGCACCUUGGUCAGCAUGGCGCUAUGCUGCUUUCACAGUGACUCGACUGGUCUCCAACACCUCAGCCCUGCUCUCUGAACCUGGUGCCUCCAAUCCCAGCACUGGGGCUCUCACCAGCUCCAGCUGCCUUGCCCAUAGCCCCCAGUCCCUGCCUCAGGACUGGCCAGCGGCGGUGUGGGAUCUGCCUGUGUAGUGAUGGGGAAUGGCUACGUGUCGUCGUUAAUGCCUUGUGACUGUUGUAGACCGUUAGGUCCUGCUCUACUUGGGGCAGAUUUCUGAAUGCUCUGCUGAUGUCGUUAGAGCCACCGGCUAUUUCACAGCCGAUCCUCACACACACCGUACCAGGCACAUAAGGCAAGCCCCAGCAGGCUUUUCUCAGAGCGAGGAACUCGUCUGCCCACGCUGAAGAAAUCACCAGGUAUAAAUUAUCUUUAAAAUCCUUAGGAUUAGAGCUUUCAUUCUUUGCAGAUGAGGGUUGAAUCACCCGUUAAAGAGGGAAUACUCCCCUCUGUCCCUCUCCAUUAAUUGAAGGCAGGAUCAGUAAUAAGACCAUAAGAUACAAGAGCAGAAUUAGGCCGUUUGGCCCAUCGAGUCUGCUCUGCCAUUUCAUCAUGGCUGAUCCAAUCUUCCUCUCAGCCCCAAUCUCCUGCCUUCCCUCUGUAUCCUUUCAUGCCCUGACCAAUCAAGAAUAUAUCAACCUCCGCCUUAAAUAUACAUAAAAGUUUGGCCUCCACAGUUGCCUGUGGCUAUAAUUCUACAGAUUCACCGCUCUCAGGUUUAAAGAAAUUCCUCCUCAUCUAUGUUCUAAAUGGACACCCCUCUAUUCUGAGGCUGUGUCCUCUGGUCUAGACUCUCCCACCAUUGGAAACAUCCUCUCCACAUCCACUCUGUCAAGGCCUUUCACCACUUGAUAAGUUUCAAUGAGGUCACCCCUCAUCCCUCUGAAUUUAGUGAACAGAGGCCCAGAGCUAUCAAAUGCUCCUCAUAUGACAAGUCACUCAAUCCUGGAAUCAUUUUCACGAACCUCCUUUGACCCCUCCAGUGAACAGCCUCUCAUUGACGUGAGAACUGGCACAUGGCCUACUGCCCUGCCUGGCGGUGCUGUGAGGUGUUCGGGGUGAGAGUUGCCCUGCUGGUCAGUGGCACGGCGGAGAGGCAGCAGUGAUACUUAGUGAAGAGGGAGAGGCAGUGGCGGCUGGUCUGAGCAGUGUGGCUCGGAGCCACUUCCCAGCAGACUGGGAAAUGCCCAUGGUUUGGGAAGGUUGUGUGGAGAAGGCAAGGUGGUGUGGGUCACGCUGGACGCUGUGCCCUGCGCCCUGCAGGUGUUGAAUGCGACCUCUGCAUUCCCCUUCACCCUGGUGCUGCUGAGAACUACGAUAGGUGAGACUUUUAGAGUAACCAGAGUCAGUCCCACACUCCCACAGAAAGGAAUGGGACUCCACACUGUUCCACUGUCUUACCCUAUGGGUAAAAAUCAUCCUUCCCCUGCACCACCUGUCAAUCUAUACCCUAUCCCUACACCCAGGGCCUAGUGCUGAGGCUCCUACCUCAAAAUACUGCCACACUCAGUCACAGCUGGACCAGACUGGCAAUGCCUGGCUCCUUCUGCUUGCCACCCUUGUUCAGCUGGCACUGUGGGCAAAUGGUUCAUCACCAUCUCACGCAUCUGGUGUGAACAGCUGGUGAGGGGAGUUCCUGGGCUGCAGGCCUUGUCUUGGUCACCCACAACCUCUAACUCACUGUUGGUGGGCUGGGUCAAUGUACCACCUUGAGCCCCUGGCGAGGGGGUGAACGGACCGGCAGCCUGAGCCCAGCAGGUACUCAAUGGGAUUUGUCACUGUAGGAAGCGAGUAGCCCAGCAGAAGCUGUAUGGACCACCAGUAGCCCUCCAUCGGAGAGUGCAGUCCCUCCAUAACAUGCCUGGCCUUCCGUGCAUGGUCCCCAGCUGUAUUGUACCCAGCAUGGCAACCAAGGUUACAUGGUGUGUCUAUGUCCUAUUGCGGUGCAGCGCAUGGAAUGCCAGUGGCCACACCGGUCUGUGUGGCUGACGAGACAGUGUGCUCUUUAAUGUCCAGUCCUCUUGCCUUGUAGUCAGGGGCACUGAACUGUUGUGAAGUCUCCCGGUAUCUUUAUUUUUACUUUGAUCUUGUCGGAAUACCCCGUGUCACCCUUCCCGCAUCAGCUGGAUUGUAAAACUCAGUGUUUGCUGUGACUGAUGAACCUACACUGCCCACUACGGUUUAUGCAUGAUGCCACUGUAAUUAGUCUGGGGAGAGAUGCAACUGUUGUUCUGUACAUAUGUAUUAAUACAAAGAGCAUAUUUUUUGCAUGUUUUUAUAUUCUCAAGGUAAGAUGAAAAGGAUCUCCAAUAACUUACCCAUAAUGAGUGAUGAUGGACUCAUCUGAUUCAUGGAAAGCAAGAUGACUAAAUUUAAAGUUCAAUAAACUUGUUAUAUCCUAAACUCUACAUGACUUUCAACCUGUGUCUGUUUUGAUC